AUGCCAGCCGAGCUGCUGAGCAUCGCUGAGCUUUUCAGGGGCGAGGUCGAGCGUGGCCGCCGGUUGCUGGCGGAGAGCGCAGAGUUCAGGGGCAGCAGCGACCUCCAGCUGUUUGUGGAGGGCGUAGACCUGACGGUCCAGAGGCACGCCAUUUUCGUUGACGGCGACGGGCAGCAGCGGCAGGGCCUGACGGCGCAGGAGAUGCAGCAGGGCCUGGUGGUGGUGGCGCAGCUGGCGCUGCGCACGCUGCCGGCGGCCUUCAAUACCUGGAUGGUGCAGGGAGAGUGCUUCUGCGCCGUCUAUGAUGCGUGCCACCAGGUGGCUGCUUCGCCGCUCGCGUGGUGGAGGCUGCUGGGAGAUACGGCGCUGGCGGCGCUGAUGAGCCUGUUCACCACCAGCCAUGACGGGGACCAGGCCUUGGCCGCACUGCGGGGCAACCUGCGCCAGGCUGGCGCCAUGGUGGCAACCUGGCGGCAGGGCAUCGAUGCGGUGGCGGGCCUGCUGGCUGAGCACCAGCGCGGCUUGGGCUUCGCCCCGCUGCUCACCGCCGCAGACGCCCACCGGCUGUGGCUGCACGUCGCACACGACGCGGCGAUUGCGCUGCUGAGCCGGGGGCCUGGGGCGCCCGAGGCGCCGCAGUGGCUGGCGGCAGCGCUGGCGGCCAACCGACAGCUGGCAGAGGCGGACCCAGGCAACGCCGCCUUUGUGCUGAUGAGGCGGGCCGACCUGCUGUGUGUGCACCAGGCGGGGACAGGGGAAGACGCGGUGGCUGCCUACCGCUCGUCGAUGCGCAAGGCUCAGGAGCGCAAGGGCGAGCCGCGCCGCCGCCGCCGCCGCCGCCGCUGCUGCUGCUGCUGCCAGCCGGUGGUGAAGGUGAUCUGCUGCUUGCCGAUGUGA